AUGAGUGAAAUUUCAAUUGAAGAUCAACAUGUUGUAACAAUCAAUUGGGAAAUAAACAAGACUCGACUAGAGUUGAUGCAACAAAAGAUCUCCCAACCACCUCAACUCCUAAGUGAAUCUGCGGGGCGGAGUUCUUGUUGCAUUUUUCGUGUACCUCAAAGUUUUAUUAAUGUCAAUGGUCGAUCCUACGAGCCUCAAAUCGUGUCAAUUGGUCCAUACCAUCGUGGAAAAGACAACGUUAAGAUGAUCGAAGAGCAUAAAUGGCGAUUUUUGGGCAAUUUAGUUAAGAGGACAAUGGAAAAAGGGCUUAAUUUAGAGGACUAUUUGAAGGCAAUUCAACCAUUUGAAAUGAGAGCUAGAGAAUGUUACUCUGAGGCAAUAGUUCUCAACAAAGAUGAGUUUGUUGAAAUGUUGGUACUUGAUGGUUGUUUUAUAAUUGAACUUUUUAGAAAAAUUGGAGGGGUAAUUCCUAUUGAAAAAGAUGAUCCACUAAUUUCAAUGUCUUGGAUAUAUCCUUUUUUCUUGAGGGAUUUAAUUAGACUUGAAAAUCAAAUCCCAUUUUUCAUACUUCAAUUCUUGUUUGACUUUACCAAUAUUAUUAGCCAAUCAAGUAAUACUCCUCCUUUAGCCAAAUUAGCUUUGACUUUCUUUAACAACACAUUACAAAGACCUAAUGAAGUUGUUGAAAAGUUUAGUAAUCUUGAAGGGAAACAUUUACUUGAUUUUCUUAGAUCAAGUUACAUUUUUCUUGAGCCAAAAAAUAGAAGGGAUCAUUCACCUACAAAUGUCAUACAAUGCAUCUCAAAGCUUCGUCGCGCGGGGAUCAAGCUUAGACCUAGGAAAGAAGAGACAUUCUUGGCUAUAAAAUUCAAUAAUGGAUUCAUUGAGAUGCCAACAAUCACAAUAGAUGAUUUCAUGAGUUCAUUCUUGAUAAAUUGUGUGGCAUAUGAGCAAUGUCAUGUAGAUUGUUCAAAGCACAUGACAACAUAUGCAACAUUUCUUGAUUGUUUGGUGAACACACAACAUGAUGUUGAGUAUUUGUGUGAUUGCAAUAUAAUUGAGAAUUAUUUUGGGACAGAUUAUGAAAUUGCUAAUUUCAUCAACAAUCUUGGGAAAGAUGUUAUGUUUGACAUUGAUGAGUGUUACUUGUUGGAAUUGUUUAUUAAGGUGAAUGAUUAUUAUAAGAGUAGUUGGCAUGUUCAUUGGGCAAGUUUUAAGUAUACUUAUUUUAGUUCACCAUGGUCUUUUAUUUCAGCAUUGGCUGCUCUUGUGCUAUUGGUAUUGGCCAUUCUACAAACACUUUAUUCUAUUUUGAGUUAUGUUCACCCUAUUUCUUGA